CUGACGUUGAGCAGGACACGAAGAGAUGAAACACAUUAUAGGAAUUGGCGGAAUCACUAAUGGUGGCAAAACAACCCUGACAAAUAAGUUGAUCAAGAUGCUGCCCAACUGUUGUGUUGUGCACCAAGACGACUUUUUCAAGAUAUGGAAAUGGCCUUGAUGUCUAUGCAACAUAGUUUCUUUACCUGGUUGUCUCUUCUUACUGCAUCAGUCACGACUUUCCUACCUUGUAUCCUUUUUUAAGUAUGUUAAUAUUCCUUAUGCACUCUGCAUUACUUCUAACACGGCCAGAUGCUUCUAUUCUCUCCUUCAUCUCCAUUAACACCUUCAAAUAUGAUGUUUAUCAUUUCCCCCUUUUUCCACAAUUUUUUUACUAAAGCUGUCUACUUUUAUAAAUGGCUUCAGUAGUUUUGUGCAUGGCCUUUUUCCCGCCUAUUUUCAUUUUUCUCUGUGUGCACACUUGUUUGGCUGUUCCUCUGGCAUGUGAGUGGGAUCUGAGAGUAUUCAGAGCUGUGAGGUUGCAGCAAUGUUUUAUUGGUGACUGUUAUUUCAGAAACCUGAUCAGAUAGAAGUCGGGGAGGACGGCUUUAGACAAUGGGAUGUGAUCACAGCUUUGGAUAUGGAGGCCAUGACCAACACCGUAAAAGGCUGGAUGGAGAACCCGGUGAAGUUUGCACGUUCCCACGGUGUCGCUCUGUCCCCUGUGUCCGACGUGGCCAACCCCGAUGAGCAGACCCACAUCCUGAUCAUAGAGGGUUUCCUCCUAUACAACUACCCGCCCCUGCUGGAUGUUUUCGACAAGUGCUAUUACAUCACGAUUCCCUAUGAGGAGUGCAAGAGAAGGAGAAGUACAAGACAGUACACCGUCCCUGACCCUCCAGGCUUGUUCGAUGGCCAUGUGUGGCCGAUGUACCUGAGGCACAGGAAAACGAUGGAGGAGACCGGCUUGGAUAUUGAGUACCUGGAUGGUUUGAAAUCCAAAGAGGAGAUCUACAACCAGGUGUAUGAGGACAUUCAGAACAGCCUGCUUAAUCGUUUAUAGCAGGAAGAGUCCUCUCCAACCCUGUACAGAAAUUGUAAAUAGUCUCAUGGAUUUUUCUUUUUUAAUGAAGGUUUUUUAAUUUAAUUUGUUUGUAAAUGCAGCAAAACAAUGUUAACUUAUCAUAGUUUUGUUUUUUUUAAGUCAUCUUCAGAUGAUCUAUAUUUCUAUAUUUUACUCUCAGCUCUGUGGAAUGGAUCAUUUAGUAUGUUACUGUUAUGUUAAACCACUUAUUUGUACUGGACCAUUUGUUGCAAAUGACUAUACUGGUAGCUAUCUAAUACAGAAAAUCAAGAAUCUCUACAUUUUUGUCAUCCGAAAAAUAAACUUGUAGUUGAUACAAUUCUA